AUAGAAACUAGAGUGGGGGAUUUGUAAAUACAAGAAGAACCUUAGAACGAAGAAGAAAAAUAGCGUAGGAGGAGCAAAGAAAAUAAAGACGAGAGAGAUUUCACAUCUCACCCAUUUCUCUCUCCUCUUCAGUUUACUCUAGGGUUGGUGUUGAAUUUUUAGUUUUUCGGAUGAUUGAUUGGAACACAUGAGCUGGGGGGCAGAUUCUGAAUUGUGAUUUAAGUCGCUGGUCUGGUUCGAUUUUGGAUUGGUAUUAAAGAUGACGAUGAAUCAGCGGAACACCAUUGAUUUAGAGCAAGGAUGGGACUUCAUGCAGAAAGGGAUUUUGAAACUGAAAAAUAUUCUAGAAGGGCUACCUGAGCCACAAUUCAGUUCAGAGGACUACAUGAUGCUCUAUACGACAAUAUAUAACAUGUGUACCCAAAAGCCCCCUCACGAUUAUUCUCAGCAAUUGUAUGAUAAGUACCGAGAGUCUUUCGAAGAGUACAUUACAUCAACGGUGCUGCCUUCUUUGAGAGAAAAGCAUGACGAGUUCAUGUUGAGGGAGCUCGUGAAAAGGUGGCAGAAUCAUAAAAUCAUGGUUCGAUGGCUUUCAAGAUUCUUUCAUUAUCUUGAUCGGUACUUCAUAGCUAGAAGGUCACUUCCACCACUCAAAGAAGUUGGUCUGACAUGCUUCCGAAACCUGGUGUACCAAGAGAUAAAUGGGAAAGUAAGGGAUGCUGUUAUAUCUCUGAUUGAUCAAGAGCGAGAAGGAGAGCAAAUAGAUCGAGCUUUAUUAAAGAACGUAUUGGAUAUUUUUGUUGAAAUUGGAAUGGGACAGAUGGAUUAUUAUGAAAAUGACUUUGAGGAAGCUAUGUUGAAGGAUACAGCUGCUUACUAUUCACGGAAGGCUUCUAUUUGGAUAUUAGACGAUUCAUGUCCGGACUAUAUGCUGAAAGCUGAGGAGUGCUUGAAACGAGAAAAGGACAGAGUUUCUAAUUAUCUUCAUUCAAGUAGUGAGGCAAAGUUACUUGAGAAAGUACAACAUGAGUUGUUGUCUGUGUAUGCCACCCAACUGCUCGAGAAGGAGCACUCAGGUUGUCAUGCAUUACUUAGGGAUGACAAGGUAGAGGAUUUGUCAAGGAUGUAUAGACUCUUCUCGAAAAUACCCCGAGGUCUGGAGCCUGUGGCUAAUAUAUUUAAGCAGCAUGUUACUGCUGAAGGGACGGCUUUGGUCAAACAAGCAGAAGAUGCUGCAAGCAACAAGAAGGCUGAUAAGAAAGAUGUUAUCGGGUUACAGGAACAGGUGUUUGUCAGAAAAGUAAUCGAGCUCCAUGACAAAUUCAUGGCGUAUGUGAACGAAUGCUUUUUAAAUCACACGCUUUUCCACAAGGCUCUUAAAGAAGCUUUCGAGAUUUUCUGCAACAAGGGUGUCGCUGGAAGUUCUAGUGCAGAACUUCUUGCCACCUUUUGUGAUAAUAUUCUCAAAAAAGGUGGUAGCGAAAAGUUGAGUGAUGAAGCUAUUGAGGAAACAUUGGAGAAGGUUGUAAAACUGCUUGCUUAUAUCAGCGACAAGGAUUUAUUUGCUGAGUUCUAUAGGAAAAAGCUUGCUCGACGCUUAUUAUUUGAUAAAAGUGCUAAUGAUGAGCAUGAAAGAAGUAUCCUGACAAAAUUGAAGCAGCAAUGUGGUGGACAAUUUACAUCGAAAAUGGAGGGGAUGGUCACGGAUUUGACACUAGCCAGGGAAAAUCAAACCAGCUUUGAGGAAUAUCUUGGCAAUAAUCCGAAUGCAAAUCCAGGGAUUGACUUGACAGUUACUGUGCUUACCACUGGUUUUUGGCCAAGUUACAAGUCUUUCGAUCUAAACCUCCCAGCCGAGAUGGUGAAGUGCGUUGAAGUAUUUAGAGAAUUCUACCAAACAAAAACAAAGCACAGGAAACUUACAUGGAUAUAUUCGUUGGGAACUUGUAACAUCAACGGGAAAUUCGAAGCAAAGACAAUAGAGCUUAUUGUGACAACAUAUCAGGCUGCUGCUUUGCUGCUGUUUAAUUCUUCGGAUAGGUUGAGCUAUCAGGAAAUAAUGACUCAAUUGAACCUAUCUGAUGACGAUGUUGUGAGACUGCUUCAUUCCCUUUCGUGUGCCAAAUAUAAAAUUUUGAAUAAGGAGCCAAGCACCAAAAUAAUUUCUCCAACUGAUGUUUUCGAAUUUAAUUCAAAGUUCACCGACAAGAUGAGAAGGAUCAAGAUACCUCUACCUCCUGUGGAUGAAAAGAAAAAGGUCAUUGAGGAUGUCGAUAAGGACAGGCGAUAUGCAAUCGAUGCUUCGAUUGUGCGUAUUAUGAAGAGUAGAAAAGUCUUGGGCUAUCAGCAGUUGGUCAUGGAGUGCGUUGAGCAAUUGGGCCGAAUGUUCAAGCCCGAUGUGAAAGCAAUCAAGAAGAGGAUUGAAGAUCUGAUCACUCGAGAUUAUCUGGAAAGAGACAAGGACAACCCGAACUUGUUCAAGUAUUUGGCGUGAGAUGUUUAUUCGACUUGUGUGGUAAUCCUAUUUUUAGUAGAUGCACUAGCCUGUGAAGUUCUUGUAUAUUUUGCCCUGAAAUCAGUCUAGUCAAGCAGCUCUGUGCAGUGUGGCAAAAUCCAGGCUCCUUGCAUUUUAUAUAUUUUUAUUUAUUUGGUGUUUUAUUUAUUUUGGAUCUUGCCCUUUAUUUAUAGAUUGCCCUUUUUUUUUUUUUAAUCAUUAUACUAAUUUUUAAUGUAAAAAUCCAGUAGAAAUUGUCUCCAGUUUACUGUUAACUUCCUUUUCUUUCCUUUUGA